GAACGGAAGCCGGGAGGGAACCAGGGCGGAAGGGGAUCAGGGCCAGGGUUGUGUUCUGAGCCUUGGCGGGGUUGGGGUUCCGAUGUGGUCCCCAGAGCGGGAGGCCGAGGCCCCGGCCGGGGGAGACCCGGUGGGCCUGCUGCCCCCCGAGUGGGAGGAGGAUGAGGAGCGCAUGUCCUUCCUGUUCUCCGCCUUCAAAAGGAGUCGCGAGGUGAACAGCACCGACUGGGACAGCAAGAUGGGCUUCUGGGCGCCGUUGGUGCUGAGCCACAGCCGCCGCCAGGGGGUGGUGCGUCUGCGUCUGCGGGACUUGCAGGAGGCCUUUCAGCGCAAGGGCAGCGUCCCGCUGGGGCUGGCCACCGUGCUGCAGGACCUGCUCCGUCGAGGGGAGCUGCAGCGGGAGUCAGACUUCAUGGCCAGUGUAGACAGCAGCUGGAUCUCCUGGGGGGUCGGAGUCUUCCUGCUGAAGCCCCUCAAGUGGACUCUUUCCAACGUGCUAGGCGACAAUAAGGUUCCUGCCGAGGAGGUGCUCGUGGUUGUGGAGCUGCUUAAGGAGAAGGCUGAGGAGGUGUAUCGUCUGUAUCAGAACUCCCCUCUCUCCUCCCACCCUGUGGUGGCCCUGUCGGAGCUGAGCACCCUCUGCGCGGGCUCCUGUCCGGACGAGAGGACCUUCUACCUGGUGUUGCUGCAGCUGCAGAAAGAGAAGAGAGUCACGGUCCUCGAGCAGAAUGGGGAGAAGAUUGUGAAGUUUGCCCGGGGCCCACAUGCCAAGGUCUCUCCUGUCAACGACGUAGAUGUCGGGGUUUACCAGCUGAUGCAGAGUGAACAGCUGCUCUCGCGCAAGGUGGAGUCCUUAUCCCAGGAAGCAGAGAGGUGUAAAGAAGAAGCCCGCCGGGCGUGCCGAGCGGGAAAGAAGCAGCUGGCACUGAGGUCUCUCAAAGCCAAGCAGCGGACAGAGAAGCGCAUCGAGGCCCUGCAUGCCAAGCUGGACACUGUUCAAGGCAUCCUGGACCGGAUCUACGCCUCGCAGACAGAUCAGAUGGUUUUCAACGCCUAUCAGGCCGGGGUAGGAGCCCUGAAACUCUCCAUGAAGGAUGUCACAGUGGAGAAGGCAGAGAGCCUUGUGGAUCAGAUCCAAGAGCUGUGUGACACCCAGGACGAAGUCUCUCAGACUCUGGCUGGUGGGGUAACCAAUGGCUUAGACUUUGACAGUGAGGAACUGGAGAAGGAGUUGGACAUCCUCCUUCAGGACACCACCAAAGAGCCUUCGGAUCUGCCUGACAACCCCCAGGAGACGUUCUAUACCAACAGUGUGCCUGUCCCUAGGAUCUCGGACACUGAACUUGAAGCUGAACUUGAGAAACUGUCCUUAUCAGAGGGAGGUUUGGUCCCAAGCAGUAAAUCUCCAAAAAGACAGUUGGAACCAACUCUCUAAAGCCAUUGUAGGACCCUCAAGUGAAGGACCCUCGUGUCAAAGAGAGACCAGGCUUUUGUGUGUAUACAUAGUUAUUUAAAUGAGAAACUCUCAGAAUGAAUGUGCUGGAAGGAGGAGGAAGGACAACCGCUCUGAUGUACCUGGAUGCUGCCGCUCACUGCGGGACAGCUGGAACUUCUGGAAGCCUGCUCCCGAUGCCAGCUCCCAGCGGGGGUCACGGACCUGCCUUCUCAUCUUUAUAGUGCCACCGUUUAUACGGUUCUGUGUGUGCCCCGCCAUCUCUCACAGCCCGCAGUUCCUGCCACGGGCUCAGUUAGGUUUGUCUUCACCCACCAGCUUUGUUCCGGCCAAUGAAGGGGAAAGAUUCACAGCUUUGCCAAAUCAAGAUCUGCCCUGGGCCCCCACCCCCACUGUGUUUAGAGGAAUUUAUCCCGUCCGUAGACCCGUCACACAACUUGUCCCGGUCCUCCUCUGUUUCCCUGGGUGAUGAGAAGAAGGAGAAACAGCUGCCACUUUACGGAGAAACAUACAGUGUAAAAGGUUUUCCUCUGGGGUCAGUCAUCAGAUUCUCCAGGUGAUCAGAAAGCCACCCCUGAGUGGCUCAGAGUCGUGACAGUUGGAGAAGGACUUAUGGGCUUGGUGGACACAGCCGCCUCUUCCAUCUUGUGCAAAAGAAUAUCUGCUGCCUGGAGAAAGGUCAUUCCUGGUCUUUUGAACUUGAGGGAAAGAAACCCAGGUGACAACAGGGCCCCAGGUGUCCAAACCCAUCUGCUUUCAAGGCAUCACCUUUGCCCUGCCCCCAUGACGAGUAACUUAUAACAAAUCAGAACCAGCCACACAACAACACGCCUCCCAUUCUUGAGCCCAGCAGACAACAGCAGGUUCUUUGUUUGAAUUUCAAAAGCAUUUUACUCCAUCGCCCACCUCUCAGGGCAGGGGAUCUGAGCCAGGACGUGCAAUAGGAGCGGGAGACGGCAGCCUUCUGCCCCGUGUGCUGUGUGCUCCCUGGGCCUGCUCUACACCUGCCCCACCCCCAGAGUCCCAUUUCCUCCUCCCUGUGACCACCUGAGGAGGGUGGCCCAGGGGGAUGGGCAGGAGGGGUCUGAAUGCUCUGGCGGUGGGGAGAAGGGAUACCAGGCGCACUGCUGCUCUGCUGCUGCGGUCCCUGACCCCUGCCUGGCCCUUUGCCGGGGUGUCCCUCCUGCAAGGGGUGGCGUGGAGCAGAGGGGAGGGCUUUGCUCCCGGCCAGGAGCAUGAAUCACUUCAACAGAUUUCUCUCCCGCUCGACCUGGGGGAAACUGAAACAUUGGGGGUGAAGAGAAACAGUCACUAUUUUUCUUUUUUUAUCUGGUAAAUAAUUAAAAGCAAAACCCCGA